AGUCUAUAGUGUAUAGUCUAUACACAUACUCUCUUCACUACAGUAAACUACCGUAAAGACCGCUCUACCGCAACAGCCAACAGCCACCAGCAAUACCGCUAAUUCGCAAAAUCGCCGCGCCAUUUCUAUUUUUCUGAUGUCAAUGGCACCCGUACUUCAUUUCAGCUGCACAAGUAUGAGUCAUUUUGACUUUUCUCACAACAUAUGGAUGAAACUGCAGUAGAAAAGAGCUGUGAACCCAGAGAUGAUCAUAAUAUCAAAGACAUUGCCGUUUGCUUGAGAACUAGUGAGCAAGGAACCCAACGAAUUUUCUUUUUUAAACCUUCCGUCUUGAAAGGAAAGAGCAAAUUUUUUGCGGAUCAGCUCUUGUCCCCUACUUUUGGUUCUUGCAUUGAAGUUCAUUGCUCAGUUGUUGACUAUGAUCACUAUGUUCAUCUCUUGAACCACCUUCACCUUCCUGCCAGCUCACUUAUUGACUCAUGGAAAAGCGUAAAUUCAGCCCUUGGUGUUCUCCAGGUAGCAGUGUCUUUACAAUGUGAAGAAAUUGCGAAAACCUGUGUUGAUUACUUAGAAGCUGUUCCUUGGGAAGACAAGGAAGAGGAGGAGAUAUUAAGAAUUGUGCCUAAACUCGGUGAUAUAGCCUUGCCUAUUUUGGCCCGGCUUAAGCCUCUAGAUCCAAAUUCUACCAAAAAUGUAUUUCUUGCUGCAGUUCGAUAUGCCAUGUCCAUCUCUCCCCCUUGCCCUCCAUUUGGGGAUGAAAUUAGGAUCUCCGCUCAAGAGCAGAUAGAGUAUAUGCUAGGGGAAGAUGAAGAAACCCCACUAGUUACUGCUGAUGAUGAAGUAAGAUCUGAGAUAAGAAAGGGUCUUUCUCAGAUGUUUAUGAUGUUCCAAAAGGAAUUUUCAUCACUCCUAUCACACUCUGACAUUUCCUUUGAAAAUUCUGAGAAUAAUAUGUUGCACAAUCUAAGUGGUCUUGAAUGGUUAUGCAAUUUGCUUCCAAAGAUAAAUUUAAUGGGAGAUUUUGUCUUGAAGUGGGUUGAUUUAUCAAGCUUCAUACUAAGCAUGGCUGAACACCCAAAGCUGGAAUCUGUCAUGUGGAGUUUAAAGUUUAAGCUUAUCGAGAUUACUGCAAAGGUUUUGGAUGCGGUGGGCUAUGGCGUUGUAAUUUUGCCUUCUGCAUGUAGGAUGCAAUUGUUGAAGACAUGGCUUCCUUAUAUUCAGAAAAUGAAGCCUCUUCUGGAUUCUGUGGGCAAUGACGAGACAGGCUUCCCCUACAGGAUGGAUGAAGACCUAUGCCAGGGCAUCCAGGGAGCUAUCGUUUCGGUUAUAGUAGCAUUGCCAUCAAAUGACCAGGCUGAUAUACUGGGUGAUUGGAUGGAAUCUGAACAGUUAGGCUAUCCUGACUUAACUGAAGCUUUUGAGAUAUGGUGUUACAGAACAAAGUCUUCUAAGAGAAGGUUAGUAGAGGGGUUGGAUACAGUAAGUAAUGACUCGGUGAGCUCUGAUUUAUCUUCCUGAUCAUUCCUUUUGGCCCUAAUCUGUCAGAAGAGUAUGUAAUUUGAUCAUUUUCUACUUACAAUCCAAUUUCAGCACAAUUGAGAAUUGUAAAUCAAUGGAUUCAAGUCGUGAGCAUUAACCUAAUUUUUACAAGCUGUCCUUGACCUGGUUUUCUACUCACUCCUCCUAUGCUUGCUGUUAGCUGUAUUACUGUAUAUUGCAUUUUCAUGUAUUGAUUUAAGCCUAUGGUGACAUGCUUCAGUUCAUGCGCAAUGAAAAUGUUUGAUGUUAAUCACAUUUAUCUGGACCUAUUGUUCUUUUUAGAAAUAUUU